AUGGCCACCACCGAACCGCCCGCUAGCGGUGAUCGAGAUCGAGGUCCGGCUAUCAUGGCGGUUCUUUGGACUGAAGCUGCCGUGGCAGUUGCAGCCCUCGCGCUUCGACUUUAUGGUCGACGCUUGGUCAAGAGCUUUGGCGCUGAUGAUCACCUCAUGGCAUUCACAGUGAUUUUUUUCAUCAUCAUGGUCGCCUUUGCCCAGUACUUGGCUUCCAUCGGAGCUGCCCGCCAUAUGUACUACUUGACCACGGCGCAACAACUCCAUGUGGUCAAGUAUGAGUGGAUUGCUCAAACAUUCGGGGUUCUGGGGUUUGCGACCAGCAAGACGUCGGUCGCGCUGCAGAUCCGGCGCAUCCUCGACCCAAACAACCGCCAAACGAGGUGGCUACUCUGGUUCAUCAUAUGCCUAACAUGUACCGUCUGUGGAAUUGAUUAUAUUUUCGGUUUCGUGCAGUGCACUCCACCACGUGCUAUGUGGGAACCAUGGGUUCCGCACAAAUGCUGGGACACCAGCGUGCAAACCGGUUUCUCGCUGUUCUUCUCAGUGUGGAAUAUCUUUAUCGAUUUAGUCCUCGCCGCCAUACCCGUUCCUGUUAUCUGGCACACAAGCCUGUCCGUGAAGCAGCGAGUGGCCGCGUGUGCGCUGUUGGGACUUGGGCCACUAGCCGCGGCGUGUGGCAUAGUCAAGAUCACCUACGUCGUCAGAUUACGCUCCCGUGAGGAUCUGACCUGGUCCUCUCUCGACUCCAGUAUCUGGUCCGCGUCCGAGCUAUUCGUGAUCAUCGUCUGCGGCUGCAUCCCGCCAAUGCGACCGGUCUUCGUUCAUCAUCUCGGGUCCAAGAAACAACGGCUUCAAAGCUAUCCCUACAGUUCUCAGGGACACAGCCGCAGACAGCGCCAUACCCACAACCGACUCCUGACCUCGCGAUCCUUUAUCUUGUCCCGCCGUCCUGCCGAGGAAGAUACAGAGGUACUUCGCUCGCCGACCGCACCAGCGGAGCAGCAGUCCUCUCGCUGAGCACACGAUGGGUGGAACUUGGAGAUGGAAAGAUGCCCUGUCUUUCUAGGUUUUGUGAUACGACCAUUGGCAUUGGGAUGGAUUUACCGUUCCGUUAUCCAUCCGUGGCUUGAUUAUCAGUGCUGGUGUUAGAUCUUAGGCGUAUAGAGUUACAAGCAUGUGGACUACCUCUCCUUGCAUCGCUUCUU